ACAGUUAGUAUGAUGAAAUAAAAAAAUGAUACCGUUAACAAAAACAGACAUUGUUAUGAUUUGCAUAUUUAACACUGUUACUACUAAAACUCGCAUUUCAUUUGAAAUAUCUGAUGAUUUAGCAACUUUUUGAACAGUUUUUUCAACUGAUUACUCAGUUUUUACUCAUUACUCAUUUUGACAAAAAUAAUAAUGAUAAUAUUUUAUCCCAAUCGAAAGUUACGAUUGGAAUAAAGUAAUCACGACAAAUAUAAUCAUUUUAUUUUAUUUUUCAGAAUUCAUAUUCUUAAAAAUCUAGAGGUUAGUUUUUAUUUUAAAGCAUAGCCUAUAUUUAAAUAAAGGAUAUCAGACUUCAUUUACUGGAUAAUAGUUUAAAAAAUGCCCUAAUGAAUUUUUUACGUAUAAUUACUAGAUUACGUAUAGCUGGAGCUCCGGCCCAAAAUCGGUGCCCAGCGGGUCUCAUGCUAUUGUAAUGCGAUGAGCCCUUCGGACUGUUUUUCCUGAUUUUGGUUGGAGUACUUGGGUACGCCGGAUGCGAUAUGUGUUGUGCAAAAAUAGUAUUACUUCAGAAGCAGAUUACUAGAAAAACAGUUCCUCUUGUUGAUUAAAUACUAAUUAAAAAACUAAUAAUUUGACUACAAAAUUCUGGAAUGUGUGUAUUUACAAUUAUAUUUCAUAACCUACUAACUUUCAUAACCUAAUUUUUAAUCAAAACAACAGGCAGGCGAAUGAAAAUUUAACAAUCAUUAAAAACAAAAUUAAAACCCGUGUUAUUAGUGAUUAAACUACCUAGACUAACAUAAAAUUUAAACAAGGUUGACAAACGAAAAAUCAUAUCUUACUAAAAACUAUGCUCGUAGACUUAAAAUAAAAGCUUAUAACUCAGUCAAAAACCAACAGAUUUCAGCGAAAUUUUCAGAAUGCUUUUGGGAUGUCAAAUUGGUACAAAUACAAUUGGUAGAGUGGGCUAAUAAUAAAAACUGUUUAAGUAAUUUAUUUUAUUAAUUUGGUUUUUAUUUAAAAUGUAAGUUUAGCAGAGCCAGUAAAAUUAUCCCUUUUCGUCCCCUAGAUAAACCAUUGUUAAUGCUGUUACUAUUCCAAAACUUAAAACUUGUAAUUCUACUUAUGUAUUUACUGAAUUUAUGUAGAUCAAUGUAGGUUUUGCAUUAUAACCUAAGCUUCUAAGUCUAAGCUACUAGUACAUCCAUAGAACAAAACAAUUUGAUAAGAUGUGUCAUUUAUUUGGCGAAUCAUCUUAUAUUAACAGCUGUUAAUAAAAGCAAUAAUUGUAGAAAACCAAAUACUAUCAGACGAACGAAACAACCAAACUACAAAUUUGUAUACAAACGACAUUUUCAAUUGAAGAACCCUCACUGAAAAAAAUGAAUUCAUCGUCCCUAUGUUGGACGGUUGUGCAGGCACCACGGGAGACGUACAAAAUCCUGCUAAUAGAAUCGUAAUCAACGAAUCCCUUGCGCCUGUUACCCUUAGCCACCCCUUCCAUUCAUUUUCCUUAUUUGGUCCAAGGAGAAAGGUCCAAAUGCGUUUAUUACGGAAAACGUCACUUUUUUGUCUUUGCCGAUGAGCAUUGUUAACCGCACCAGAAGGGCAUGGGCGUGUACGUAUACAUGAAUAAAAUAAAAGUUAUUUUUCCCUCUUUAUUAUUAAUAGUAUUUUUUUCUCUCUUUCUAACCACUCGAACAAAUAACAAUGAACAGUUACAUUUGAAAUGAAUAUAUUACGUUAUUAUUUAUCGACCGUAACGUCAUAACGUUUUGUUCGACCGCCGAAAUUACAACUUGCAAAUCUAAAGAGACUAUCAUGAUUGAUUUUUGUCGUUCGAAGGGUGUUUGCAAGAUCAUAUUAUUAAUACUAAUUUUUAAAAAUAUUUUUCAAUGCAAUGAACAUCGAUUUAUUGUCCUUUAUAAUAGUUCAUGAUUACUUUUUUUAUGAAAACGAUUUAUUUUCAAAUAACUCAAAUAUAAUGUUAAUUAUUUUAUUUAAAAACUGUCCAACACAAAAAUAUAAAUACCGAGUUAAAUAAAAAUAUACACCACUAUCUUAUUUGAAGUCAACAAAGCCUAUAAAAUUGAUGUUUGAAAUAUUUUUUUAUACUUUUAAUAGAAACGUACUCGUAGAUAAAAUCAUAGAAAGAUAUAUGUUCAAAAUGAUUAUUUAUGGAUGCGAACCACAGAGGACAGUAGUUCAUUCGUAAAUCGGUUUACCAUGUGUAUAUAUGUGUGAAUAAAUUUUUUUGUUUGUGGUUAUCAGUUGAUGCAACCCUAGAGCGUGACGACAAAAAAACUAAUCUUCAAUAAUUGCUCAAAGCUGGACACCCUCUAUCACACCCUUGUCGUGGACAAAAUACUCAAAAUAAAAAAUGCGCAUAAAUCGCGGAUGACGCACGGGAGCCACAGUUUUUAAAUUUAAAUGCGAUCGUCUAUCGGACGUCUGAAUCUAAAAAAGUAAUUUUUAUUUGUACAUAAAAAACCAACCCGCGCAGAUAACCGAUAAGCCUAAACGAUUUAAAUCGGAUACAAUAAACCACACAAUGAUAUAAAUUGUUUAAGAAUAAAUGACAUUCUAUUUCAUUUUUUUGCGAUCAUAUUCAAAUUACAUUAAUCUAAACUUUCGGAUAUUUAUCAGUUACGUAUAUUAAUUAUUGAGCGAUAGUAGUAAACAAGCGAGUAAAAUUGAAUGAUUGUAAAGGAAAACAUUAUAGAAGUCUGAGAAAUCUGAGUAACUAAGGUGAUAUUAACCGGAUUCACAUUUUACCAAAUAUAUUCUCUUAGAAAUGCGCUCGGCAUGAAAUGUAGGUGAUAGUGUAGGCUGAUUUAUCAAUGUACACUAUGUGACAGAAAUGUCCAGUUAACUUAUUUUGAGGGAUUCCUAUAAUGUAAUUCUUGGAGCCGAAUGGAAUACGAAAGUGAUCGGUAACCGGCUGGUCAAUGAGAUAAUAAUAGAAGAGUUAUUCUUUACACGUAUCUCUGACCGCGCUAACAAAUUUGCCACUAAACACUUUUCCGGAUGCUUAAUUCCUCUUUUGUCACACACCUCGGGAAAUACGGAGAAGAAUAGAAAGAAUGAAAAAAGACGAUACUAAACGUUGGAUUACGUGUCUCGUCGUUAAGCCUAUCACAGUGAAAGAAGCUUAAGGCGUUCCCGACAGCAAUGAAAGAAGUUUCUCUGAGUAAACUUUUCACGUCACACCGUUUUACGAAAUAGUCGACAGUUUCGGUUCACCUCACUGAUUUUACAUACUAAUUGCUUGUUACUAUUUUGUUUAAUGUACACUUAAAAACAAUUUUUUAAGUAUAAAGCAAACGUCGAAGAUAUAAAGAGUGCACCCGUAUAAAGUAAUUGAGAAGCAAACAUCUUCGAAUAAUAUCCAUUUAAUUAAUUCGUUAUUCUAUAAUUAUUAUUAAUUAAUAAUUGAAUAUCAAAUAUAAAUAAAGUUAAAAGAUACACUCAUCGUAAAUGAGGUACCUAGACAUCAAAGCGAUAUUAUGGAGAAAAAAAAUGAGAUAACUUCAAAUCUAGAAAGUAAAAUAAUCAUUUUUUUGGAGCAGAAUAAAAAUCUUGGUAAUUUUUUUUAAAUACAGUUUCAUCUAUCAUCGAUUAUCUAUAACAGCUGUAUAGAAAAAUAAUAUUCCUCAAUAUUUUAAUUCAAUUAUCUCGGAAUGAAUAUUUUGUCACUUUGGUGUCUCAGCUCUAGAUGUCUUAAAUAAGAUUAACAUGGUAACUACUUGUCUCGACUUAAUUUCAGGGCACUAAAUAAAAUGAUAAAAAAUAUUUCCAUUGACAACGAAAAACAAAAAAUCAAUUUAAAUUUGUAAAAUAUAGUAAUAUUAAUUAAAUUCGCCAAAUUAAUUAUCAGUAAAAACUACAUUAUUUUAUAUUUCAUUUAUACAUAAAAAAAAAAAAAUUACUUUGAAAUUACAAUUUUAUGGCGUUUGUUUCUAAUGAAUAUUUUAUAUGAAAGAUUUGAGAUUUAUGCACUUGAAACUAAAUCCCACGAUGAUUAAGUAUAUUAUUGCGGUGCUUUUCUAUUGGAUUUGUAAUUUUUAGUAAUUGAAAACAGUAGGUAUAGUCUUAAAUACAGAUUUGGUUGGGUAACAUUACAACCAUUUGAAACUAUUAUCUAUGAACACUUAUGCAAUUUCUAAUCAAAAGAAUUCUUUUUCGAAAAUUACGAACAGAUGCUCGACGAGGGGAUGUUGUUAUUGAAUAAAACAAGAAUGAGAGGGUCAUCUGGAUUGUUUUACACAUUGUGUAUCCAACCUUAUAAUAAAUCUACAUAUUGUAUUAGAAGGGUUCAAUUAAAACUGUUAUUUUAACCAAAAAAAAAAAAAAACCCUGUGAUAUAAUUUAAAUCAUUAAUAGUCUCAAAUAAAACAAAUAUCAAUAAAUUUUAGUAAGGAUUUUAUGAUUUAAGUAGAAAUUAAUGAAAUUCUAAAGAAUAAACAAAUCAGUCCACUGCGUUACAAGAAAAAAAAAAAAAAAAAAGGGGUAUGAAACAAUUUUGCGCUUUUAUGUCACAUAGUACAUAAGAAUUGUGUCUACAUUAACUACUACAUUGCGUACACAAUAUAUAUAUAUAUAUAUAUAUAUGUUUUGAUAUAAAAAAAUGCCAUAAAAUAAUCUGAAGGCCUGCGGUUGUUGCCGCAAUAUAAAAAUCUGAAUAAAUAAGAAUAUAAGAAAAGAACUUUUGAAAAAAAUUAAACGCGAUCGUAGACGUUUUGCGUACGUUCAUAAUAAUAAUGUGUGGUAAUAAAUCUCGAUACAUAUAAGCCCGUGUUGUUGUAAUAAUAAUUUAUGUAUGCGUUUUCGAGAAAAACAGUAUAAAAUAAUAUAAACAACGGAAAGAAAAAUCAAAUAAAAGAAAAUAAGAGAAAAGAAAUUUUGUGUUAACAAACGCGUGCGCUUAGAAAAAAAAAACUCUUGGAGACGUCGGAACAAUAAAAAUACGAAUUUUUAGACGACUCAAAAAACCUUGCGGUGGGGCGCGUGGAGAACCGACCGAAGAAUUAUCAUUUUUUACUGUUAAACAGCCAUAUUUAUAGCCGAAUAUAUAUUAUUUGAAUAUAAAAGGAUAUGAAAAAUCGUCGAGGGGGUCAUAUUGCCGCAAUGACUUUCCGUCUCCCACAACGCCGACCCGGAGAACAUUAUUCUUUAACGACUUCCACAAGGCAUUUAUCUCUUCGCAGGUCUUGCGAAUACUUUUUUUCCAUCGUCCCUUCUUCGAUCUCCGCCUUCAUACAAAAUAUUCGCUUUUCUUUUGCAUUAAAUGUUUUUUUUUUCAUAAAAGUAGUUGAAUAUAGCAAAGUAUACAAUUAUAUAUGUGUUUUUCUUUUAUUGCUCGGGCAUAGAAGUGACGGAAACUCGAAUAAUAAUGACAUCAAAAGUGUUUUUUUUUUAUCUGUGUGGUUUGUUUCAUUUUCUUACAUGUUUUCGCGUUUGCUUUUUAAUCUACAAACAUUUUUGUGUUGGAUUUUUAGUUAUAUUAUAAAAAAAAUUAUAACUAAGAUAAUACCAUAUACAGAAUUUAUUUUUUUGGAUAUAAUAAAUAAUUAUAUAUUAUAUUAAAUCAUUUUUGGAAUAUUUAACAAUUGUAUAACAUUAAAAAAAAUAUAUUUUCCAAUAAAUCAUACACUACAUGACAUAAUUUACCUUAAUUCCUUAUUAUUGCAAAUGCUGUAGGGACAAAUACAUUGAAGUGGCAUGGAAUUACUGAAACUAUUAGUUAGAACAUUUUUUUGGGUUAUUUGAUCUUUUUAUAAAAACUGUUAAUUAUGUCAUAUAAAUUGCUUUAGAAUAUUAUUUAAAAAAAAUCGUCAUUUGUAUUAUUUUUCCAAAAAUAUCAAAUAAAUAUAUGACAAUAUUUUUAAAUUUAUAAGUUUUUUGCAAAAGAACUUAAUAUGUCGAUGUUUUAGAUUUGUAAGUCUAAACUAAAAUGUAAUUAUAACGUGUGCCACAUUAUUAGUUUUCAUUAACAAGUUUAAUUUAUAUAACUGUAAAAGACAGCUGUUUAUAGUAUGUGAAAUACUUGCUAUACACUUGAUCAACGCCUUCAAUUUUGUAUUAAUUAAGAUUAUUAAUAGUAAAUGUUUAUCUUAAAUUCAUGUUACUUAGAAUUAAGUUUUAGUCAUUUAUAAAAUUGAUUAAAAUAAAGCAUUAUUCUGCUAUACGUUGUACGUCUAUUGAUGGAUAAUAAAAAUGUAAGUUUAUCUUUCAUUGACCUGAUGCACACAUUAGUUCAGAUGCGUUUUUUUAUUUUUCGGGCCACGUCACAUUUUACGUGAAUGUAUUUUAGGUAGUUUCAUUAGUUUCUUUUUUAAUUUCGACCGUUUCUUUGAAUUCAUUUUUAAGUUUGAAAUACAAAAGAUGUUACUAAUAUUUAUUAGGAACAUUUAAUCAUAAUAUUUUCAGAGGGUUCAUAAUACAUUUUCCCAGAAUCAGUUUAAUUGUUGACUUAUUUUUUGUGUAGUUUAAUUGUCACAGGACGUUUUAUGAAUUACUCAAAAUAAUUUACAUAAUAUGAUACAGUAACAUAUCAUAAUACAAUAUCACAGGAUCCACUUUAUUUUGCGGUAAUGGUUGUGCACUUAUGGCAAUGAAACCGAGACGAGGGACAUAAGUGUAGUGAAAUAAAUUCAUCGAGCUUUGGAGUCGGAUCCCCUCGGUCCAGAAACGUACACCAUAAGGCCACUCGACUUUUCGACCACACGCACGUUUAGACUUUUUAUUGUUUUUUAAUUAAGCCUUCUCCUGGCAUGCUCUUACUCUUUAGCCGUACCAUAUAUUCCCUAGUGGUCAGGGAUAAAAAAUGGGACAGACAAAAAAAAGAAAUAAUGAAUUGUUCUAAACAAGUAUAUGUGAAUAUUGUAAAGCGUUAUGCAGCAAACAAGAACGGUAUGCCAUGGUAUGGUAGUGAGGUAGGCGGCAGUGGUACAGGGCAUAUGCGCGAAGGAUACAAGUGACGCCAGCUGGUUGGUUCUGUCCUAAAAAAUAACCCCGCCUACUUCAGGCAAAAUACAUAUUAUACGUGUCCUUCCCGAGCAGCACGUGCACCAUCGUUACAGGGACGGUGCAUGAGUGUAUCGCCGGCGUUGUCAACGGACACAAGUGCACUGCCGUCAUUGUUCCUGUCGGCUGUUCCGUUCGUCACUGUUUGAAUUCGUCAGUUUUGUGGAUGAAUACAGAUUUUAAUCCAUUCAGGAUGACUAUGGACAUCCAUCGGACCGUAGCGUCAUCGCCUUCAUACUCGCCAACUGAAAUGGUCACAUCUUUGCCACUUCAAAGACCCCAAAAACGUAGUUUUGAUGUGGCUUUUUUGAUGGCACCUGACGAUCUUAGCAAACGUCGAUCGCGGUCCGUGCAAGCGGCUGCCACAGUUACUGGAUCACACGUUCGUUCUGCUUUCACCAAAGUAGUGUCUCCAGACUUGGGAGCUCUGUCACCUACGUCGUCGUCGUCGUCUCCGCCAAUAAUUACUCCUCCGCCAGAACUCGGCUACCAUCAAGAUAGUUUGAGUCCACCGUUACCGCCUCAGUCACAUUUCAUGACGCCGUUUUCAAUGGGCUUCCGAGCACCACCGUUCAUGAUGUUACCACCACGGCCACAUCCCAAAGACAGCUAUCCACCGUCUCCAGCCCCUUUGCAAUUUGCUCCCGCCGCAGCUUUGCCGGCCAUGUUAUUACCCGCAUCAAUCGCAGCAGCUGCUCUAACGUUACCGUCGCAAAAUGUGUGUGCCAAAUGCAAUGUGAGCUUCCGUAUGACCUCUGACUUGGUGUAUCAUAUGCGAUCACACCAUAAAAGCGACGGGUCAGGAGCCGGCAGUAGUAACAGCGUUGGCAUGACAGACACUAAAAAACGCCGUGACAUGGACAAACUUCGAUGUCCGGUGUGCGACGAGAGCUUCCGAGAAAGACACCAUUUGACCAGGCACAUGACUGCUCAUCAAGACAAGGAGGGCGAUCGCCUAGACGAUGAAGACGAACCUCAACAUGGGGCCAAAUGACGCAAGGCAACUGCGGGUAGAAGACGUCACUCGUACCGUGAGGAUCAUCAUAAUCUUCAUCAUCAUCAUAUCUAGUCAAGACAUCUUUAUAGAGUAUAUAUAUAUAUAUUAUUAUUAUUAUGUAAUAGUUUUAUUAGUAUAUUUAAAAAAAAUAAUGCAUUUAAUUGCAUGUUAUCAUACAUUGAAUCAAGGAAAUCGUUUUUUAACGCACAUAGAUCAUAGUUUUAACAGUUUUGAUCUUAUUAUUUGUCAAUAGACUUCUUACAAAGUGAAUAAAAACAUUUUUCUCGCGUAAAUUAAAUCUAAUCGCACUAUCAAAUACUUAGAAUAGUUUUGAUAACAGUUUUGUGCUCGUCACAAGAUCUAUGUGACAAUAAAAAAUCUAGUUUUAUCUUUCAUAUUUUUUUGCACGUGAUCCUCGUUCGGGCACUCUUGAUGCUAAAAACAAGGGCAUUUCUAUUGGAGCUGCAUUGGUGAACGUGUAGUGAUGACAAAUGUUCUAACAAAUCAUAUCCGAACUAUAAUUAACCGUACACACGCCGAACGAGGGUAGCGGAUAGGAUUUAAUUUUGUAAUGGGGUCCGAUAAAUAGAUUAAAACGUCCCUCUUUCGUAAUCAUAUUGCUCGGCUGUUUGUUUAAAAAUUAAAUGGUCCGAAAUCGAACGAUAACAUUUUAAUUAUGUAAAACGCGCGAUUAACAAAUGAUUAUUAUAAAAAAUGUAUUUUACCAUCUGAACUCGAUGAUGACUUGUGAAACAAAUAUUAAUAAAUAAAACCGUAGACAUGAGUAGUACUUAUAAAUUAGUAUAUAUAUAUAAUAUAUACUAAGUAUAUAAUAUAAUAUAUUAUAUUAUUAGUAUAUAUAUUAUAUAUUAUAUAUACAAGUGUGUCCACUGUUCAUAUAUAGAACAUGUUAUUUGAUAUUUUGGCACAAUUUAAGUAUUGAUAUUAUGAGUUUGUUUUUUUUAUUGUAAUUUGUAAAAAUUAUUGUUACCCGUUAUUUAGCUCACAAUGUUUGUAAUUAACAAUUUAAUUGUUUCAUGUUAUUACUAUUAUUUAUUAUUUUAUUUAUUCUAUUAUUACACUAAGAUAAUAUUAUUUACUUAUUUGCUAUGUAAGUGUAGACAUAAAAUAAAAAUCUAUU